GAUCUUAGUAGUGGCCGAGCGAGUGCGCUAGUGCUAUGAUUCACAGGGCGGUCCUUCUGCGACGAUACAAGCUUCGCGAGCGACGAGUGUAGUUCCACGAGCCAGUGUCGGACAGUUAUACUGGUUGGUGAUAAGCAUAUCAACUAUACACGACCACAGUGCCGCGUUGUUGUUUAACUUACCGCGACAGCUUGUCCCCAGCUCAGGACCUAACUACACAUGAGAGCAUUGUCGGAAACUGCAGCACUGAAUUAUGAGGAACGGAUAUGGUUCGCAACGAAUUCUUGGAGAGGAUACCCCAAACAGGAAUUUUAUUCACCUGGAGAGCCUACAGAUUAAUGGGGUACCGGGAGAUGGUGGCAACGAAAACGCACCCCUCUUACCCCCUAGACGCUGGUACAAACGACUCUUUUCCUCUCUCUUCGGCACAUUUGAUGAUCACUACGAUGCUACAUACAACGUGUUUGGGUUCCGACGCAACCUGGAUACGCUGGCUGGGGUGUUCGCUCCAGUGGCACUGGGCCAGUUUGCAAAUAACUUGUUCCUGCGAACAGGUUUUGUGGUUGGACAAGCAGGCAUCCUUGAGACAAUUGCCCAAUUGAUACUGGCCUACAUGAUCCUGGUGCUGACCGUGCUGUCUAUAUGUGCUAUCUCCACCAAUGGUGCAGUGGAAGGGGGAGGAGCUUAUUACAUGAUAAGUCGAGCCCUGGGCCCCGAGUUUGGGGGUAGUAUUGGAUUUCUGUUCUUUGUAGCCAAUGUGAUGGCAUGUGCUCUCUACAUCAGUGGUUUUGUGGAAGGAAUACUCCAGAACUUUGGCCCAGGAGGGUCCCUGAUCGGGGAUGACAGUUCUGGGCUGCCGGAUGACAACGCCUGGUGGAAGUACCUGUACGCCACCAUCGUCUCCAUCGUCUGCCUCCUCGUCUGCCUGGUUGGGGGGGCCAUGUUUGCCAGGACCUCAGCUUUCAUUCUUCUGAUUGUGGUGAUAUGUCUGCUGUCAGUCGUCAUCAGUAUCUUCGCCUUCAACCAUCGGAUCGAUGUCCGGAUCCCCUUCACCAACAAGGUGGUGUACACCAACAUGUCAGAGGCCCAGGCCAACAUCACAGGCAACUACACAGGGCUGAACGCAGCAACAUUCAGGGAAAACCUCUUUGCCAACUACACCGUGGAUUACAACACCGGGGACAACAUGCAAUUCGCUACUGUGUUUGCCAUUCUCUUCAGCAGCGUCACAGGCAUCCUCAAUGGAGCCAACAUGUCGGGAGAGCUGAAGGAUCCCAGUAAAUCCAUCCCAAAGGGGACGCUGUCAGCUGUGGGCUUCACCUUCAUCGCCUACAUGAUACUCUCCAUCCUCAUCGGGGGAUCCUGCUCCAGGUUCCUUCUGAAAAAUGACUACGUGUUCCUGCAACAAAUCAAUGGAUGGCCACCGUUUGUAGUGGUUGGAAUUUUCGCUGCCACUCUGUCUGCGGCCCUUGGAAACCUUAUAGGUGCUUCUCGUAUAUUGGAGGCCCUUGGAGUGGAUCAGCUGUUUUGGAUUUUCCUGAAGCCAGCAACAAUAACCACCAAGGGCGGUAACCCUUUCAUGGCUGUCAUCAUCUCGUGGGUCUUGGUCCAGUGCAUCUUGUUGAUUGGCUCCCUGAAUGCUAUUGCCCCGGUAACCUCAGUGUUCUUCCUUAUGUCAUACGCUGCCACUAAUCUUGCCUGCCUGGCUCUCGAAUUGGCGUCUGCACCCAACUUCAGACCUACUUUCCGCUACUUCACCUGGUACACGUGUGGCCUGGGUCUGGUGGGGUGCAUGGUCAUGUGCUUCCUCAUCAGCCCCAUCUACACGUCCAUCGCACUGGUCAUCAUGCUGAUGCUGGUCAUCCUGCUGCACUUCCGCUCCCUGCCCACCUCCUGGGGCUCCAUCAGCCAGGCACUCAUCUUCCAUCAGGUCCGCAAGUACCUCCUCAUGCUGGACUCGCGCAAGGCACACGUCAAGUACUGGAGGCCACAGAUUCUGCUCAUGGUGGCCAACCCAAGACAGUGCUGUGAACUCAUGGACUUCAUCAACGACAUUAAGAAGAGUGGGCUGUAUGUCAUCGGCCAUGUGAAGGUUGGCCGGCUGGAGGAUUACCCCACUGACCCCAUCCUUGACUCCCAGUCUCAUUGGCUUAGUCUCAUUGAUCAUCUCAAGAUAAAGGCAUUUGCAGAGCUCACACUUGCCAAUAGUGUUCGAGAAGGGCUGCAGCAUCUUGUCCGAGUAUCUGGACUUGGCGGAAUGAAACCAAACACUGUCUGUCUCGGCUUUUAUGAUUCCUCUGAACCCCAAGAUACAUUACUUAAAACAAAAGUUCGUCGGAGAAGAUUCUUUGGAAACGUGGAAGUUGGAAGUUUUAAUCAAAUUGAGGGCUACUUCGGUGGACCUCGUGAUGGGUCAAGUCCAAGAAAUAUAUUAUCGGAGACAGAAUAUGUCAACAUGAUAAAGGACUGCAUCAAACUGGGAAAGAACCUCUGUCUUUGUCGCCAUUUUAACCAGAUGAAUAAAAUGGAAAUCCUUGAAUCUGAUCUGGAAUCGUAUGUUGAUGUGUGGCCGGUGAACUUGCUCCGUCCGGAGACUGCCAGCUACUUCGACAACACCUGCCUCUUCCUCCUUCAACUGGCCUGUAUUCUUAACAUGGUGCCCCGCUGGAAAUCUAAGACCACUCUACGGGUGUUCCUCAUGGUGAAUGCACAAACUGAUAACACAAUUCAGAAGGAACAAAAACUAGACAUGUUCUUACGCCAGCUUCGGAUCAUUGCCAAGAUUCAGGUGAUAUCCUGGGAUCAUCUUCAGCCCUACAUGCGGAGUCCAUACAUAGAACUAGACUAUGACGGCUCACAGAUGCAGGAUUAUUACGAAGCACCAGAUGAUUUUGUGAAAGCAAUGAAUGAACUUAUUAUUGCCAAUUCCAGUCGAACAGCAGCCAGUUUUCUCUAUCUACCCAAACCACCAACAGAAUCAGCUUUGUAUGGGAAGUAUUUAUACCAUCUAGACAUGCUGACAGCCAAUUUGAAACCAACGAUACUGGUUCAAGGUCUACAUCCCGUUACUUCUACUACACUAUGAUCAGUGGGUUUCUGUUGUUAUAAGAUAUAUGUUAUCUUUGAUAACAUUGUAGUGCAACAAUUCAUCAGGCAUUAUGAUAAAGGCCAUGAUCAUUUUGAGGGUCAAUAUAAUUGGUUUGGUUCUAUCCAUAACUAAAACUAGUCUAAAAUGUAAUUUGGGUAUUUGAAUAUGGUAGAUUAUUGCCAUUAGGGUGUGCAAUGAGUGGCAUUAAUAUUGAUGUAAAAUGAUUCUUUAGACAUCAGCAUCUGCUCUGAGAAUGGCAGAUCAAUGAAACGUUUUACAAAUAAAUGUGUUGACAUGGAAACACACAGGUUGCCCAACAAAGCUUUCACUGCCUGGUGCCCGAGAAUAAAGUGGUGAGGCCUGAUAUUAGAUUGAUCAUGUUGAGGAUACCAAGAUGGUCCCUUCUUUGUGGGGUAUUCAUACUAACCCCUGUUGUAUACUGCUUCUGUGUGACCAUCAUGAGAGAGUAAGAGUGCUGGUCAGUGAGGUUUCAACAUGUGAUGUUAACCUGUGGACAGCAACUCCUUGCUGGGGGCCCAUGGUAUAAAUUACUCAUUAGGGUAGAAUGAUCACGUGUAAUAGCUUACCAAUAUUUGCACAUGUGCAUUUUAUGAUUCUCAGCUGAAGCCAUACUAUGUUGGAAAGCUUCAGUGUUGAGAAACAUGCGACACAUCAUCCAUUGUUCAUGACAUCACAAAUUGAUUACAUGACGUUAUCUGAAGAAUAGGCUGCCUUCAGUGAUGUGUAUCUGUAGGUGGACACUUCAUACGUUUUUCUUUAUUUUCUUUCUUAAAAUGACAUUGUGUAAUACACAGAAUAACCUCCUCGAACGUUAAUCUGUCAUUCUCAUGAAUGAAUACUCCCUCACCAAAGGCUUGGGAUUAACACUAUUUUUUCACUCGGGCAGAUGAUACAUAAUUCUUAGUAGCUCACUGGUUAUUCUCCCAAGUAUUUCAGGCCUUGAUAAAAGCAUGCCAAGUAGGUCAACUCAGGGAGACAAUGUUGAAAACAUAAUCAAAAGAUAAUAAACAUUAUCAUUGUGGGGAUCACAUUACCAUGUACACAUUCUAGGCACUUGUUCUGAUGUCAUAACAUCAUGUGAUCAGGAUAAAACGUUCCACAGAAGUGGUAACCUGCAUCCCUUCAGUCUCUCCUCACACAUUAAGCUCGCACGCCUUGAUAUACUGGUAACUGGAAUAAUGUUAAAAGCGGCGUUAAACCCAACUCACUGCACGUGAGGUCAUGUCCUUCUGUCCAGCAGCUGGGCACCACUGGGCAUACAUGUUCCUGCUAAUCAUAAUCCCAAAGUUUGUUCAAACGUUUCUGUUCCAUUAUUCAUAUAUUUUGUGUGAAAUGACAACAAAAGAAAUUGAUUUUUUAAACAUCUCCUUUCAAGUCAAUCAUGAUGAUAAAAGCUGAAACUUUGUGAUUAGAUCCAUCAGCACGAUUCACGUUCCUUCUCUUGUAAACUAUUUUGCUCCAAAUGUCUUUUUUUCUCAGAAACUGAGCUGCUCUGUGCUAAAAUUUGAUAUAAAUGUGUGUCCCGAUAUAUUUUGUUUCAGUAUUGUUAAACAAAAUUAUUGUUUGUUGUUAGAAUCCCCUCAGAAUAAUACCUAUUAUUGUGCCGAACCUCUCCUCAAAACUAAUGUGCUAUUUUUUUGUCCAUGACCAGCAGAGAAUCCUUUUGAAAAUACAUAAUCUGUACUCUAGCUACCUCGAAACAUCGUCUGGCAGCAACUCCCAGGUCCCGACUUUCUUAUUUAUGUUGAUAUAACACCAUCAGCUUGAAAAUCUCAUUGCCCUCAACUUUCAGUUGUGCUAAACUGUGGUUAAGACAUGCUAGUCAGUAUUCAUAGUUGUCACCUCUCCUGCUAUGACUGACUGACAUACCAGGUGCUGAAUAGCUUAUUUUGAUGCCAUAAUCUUGGUUUUGUAUGAGGCUUGUAUUUUUGUAAUGAAGCAAAGAACAAACAGUUGAUAUUGGUAGUACAGGGUUAUUCCCCUUUGUGAUCAUUGUCCACAGUGUGUGAGUCAUGCUUGAUGUAGCAAAAUGCUACUUUGGUCCUUUGUCAAUGUAUGUGCAAGAGAUCCUGGUUUAUUUUUGCUAGCAUUGGAAUUCCAAGCAACACUUUGAAGUGCUAUGUGAUAGUGAAGGCAAAAUAUAUAUACUGUCAUCAAUGAACAGUCUAGUUUUGUAUCCUAAUGUUUGCCUGCUUGUGAAGUAUGCUGAAAAUAGAGCAAGUUUUGUGAUUUGUAACAAAUGGUUUGAAAGUUAACAUGACUAGUCCUGAAAUCAAGGGGUAAAGUAUCGUGGUCAGCAAGUACCAUGUCUAGAUGUAACUACCAACUUGUUGAAAGUCUCAUGUUGUCACAACAUCCUUGUUGUUGAAAGUGCUAUGUUUUCUCUGUGUGUGGAGAGGACUUAUCAGUAUUUCUUACAUCUUCCAAAAUAUUCCCAAGACACUUUGUGUAAAUGAGUUAGUAUGUAUAUACAUGUACAUGUCAUGUUUCUCAGCAGUAAGCAUUUUAAGAACUUGUCUCAAUUUAUCAGCACUAUUGAUUCUAAUCACUACUUAAAUUGCAUUAUAGUGAGUGGUUUUACGCCGCUUUAAGCAAUAUUCCAUCAAUAUAACGGCGGGGGGACACCAGAAAUGGGCUUCACACGUUGUACCCAUGUCGGGAAUCGAACUCGGGUCUUCGGCGUGACGAGUGAAUAUUUCAACCACUAAUUUUCAUUAUAAAUACUGGGGGAAUUAUUAUGAAUCAAUAUGCAUACUGUAUAUAUAUCAAAUAUAACUAAAAAUCAUUGUUCAAAGUUUGUAGGAAACGUGUAAUUCUGACCAGAUGUUGAGUCUGCGUGUGUGAACUUGCUCCAGCCUGGACAGAAGUGGGGACAAUUGUUAUUGGUUUACAGAUUAUGUUAAUAUAGUAACAUAUAUGCUUUCCAUGUAGUCAUUAUUGUUUAGUCCGGUCUUACCUUAGGACACAUGUGAUAUGACAUCUGCAAUAAAUACGAAAUUGACCUCACAUUGAAUCUCAAGACCUAAGGUUAAGAGCAUUGCCUGUUUCAGUGUUUGGUGGUUACACGUUCCUCCCAAAAGACCUUUCUAAACUGAACCAUUUUUAUAAAGCUGUUUGGGAAAAAAUGAUGAAUGGUUGUGUUACAAAAAUCUUGUAAGGUUAUUCUCUGUUGUUGCCUGCAAAGUCCAUAUGUGUUUGUUGAGGUCUUGACUCAUUUCCACAGGUCAAGCCACAGACUGACCUGUGUAAGUGGGUCCUACUUGUUGUCUACAGUAAACUCUGUGUCUAGGGACCAGCUGCAUGAUAUAUGGAUACAUUAUUCAUAUACCAAAUGGAUCCAACAGUUCUUGUCCAUGUUAAUUUGUUAUGAUGUUAAACCACGGAGUUUGUGCAACUAUUAUAUUUUCUAAUUUAUUUCAUCUUAUCCUUAUUGCAAAUGUAUAUAAAUUGUAUUUCUUUUCUGCAAUAGUGGUCACACAUUCACUUCUUUGAGCAUAAGCUGAGGAAUAAAUGAGUAUUGUAAACA